AUGGGUAAAAUUGCUUCUCUGGAAUACUUCCGGGUUCCGCCUCGUUGGCUGUUUGUCAAAAUCACCGACGACGCCGGUAAUGUUGGCUGGGGCGAAGCCUCCCUCGAGGGACACUCGCAGACAGUCGAAGGGUGUCUCGAUGCUUGGUUUGAUCAAUACAAGGGACUGGAAGCCGAUGAUGUGGAGCACAUCUGGCAACUGUCAUGGAGAGCAGGGUUUUAUCGAGGGGGCCCGGUGUUCAUGUCUGCCUUGGCAGGAAUCGAUAUUGCAUUGUGGGAUCUCAAAGCUAGGAAAAUUGGUCUACCCAUCUGGCAGCUCCUAGGUGGAAAAUUGCGCACAAAGCUCAAGGUCUAUGCUUGGAUUGGAGGCGAUCGGCCGGCCGAUGUUGAAGCUCAGGCAUUAGCCCGACGAUCGCAGGGGUUUAGGGCUGUGAAGAUGAACGGCACGGAGGAUCUGGGCUGGCUAGACUCGCCGUCUGCUUUGGAUGAUUGCGUGCAACGUUUGAAGACUGUUAAAGCUCUAGGCAUGGAUGCCGGGAUUGACUUCCACGGCAGGGUUCACAAGCCCAUGGCGAAGCAGCUUGCUAAGCUGCUCGAACCUCACCAGCCGCUGUUCAUAGAGGAACCGCUUCUCUCUGAGCACAUCGGAGGCAUCCAGGCCUUGUCCAAGCUAACCGCGUGCCCGAUUGCGUUGGGCGAAAGGUUGCACAGUCGGUGGGAUGUGCGACCCUUCUUGGAAGCCGGUUGCGUCGAUAUCCUGCAACCUGAUAUCAGCCAUGUGGGCGGCAUUUCGGAAAUGCGCAGGAUCGCCGCCAUGGCUGAAACCUACGACGUGGCUUUGGCACCGCACUGUCCUUUGGGUCCUAUUGCACUGGCAGCAAACGUACAAGUCGAUAUUGUUACUGCUAAUUUUGCAAUCCAAGAAAUGAGCUUGGGCAUUCACUAUAAUAGCACCGGCCAAGAUUUGAAUACUUAUAUCAAAAACCCAGAGGUUUGGAAGGUUACAGAUGGUUACAUCGAUAUUCCUAAUGGCCCCGGCCUUGGUAUAGAGAUUGAUGAGGAUCAAGUGCGCAGCUUGUCCACCGAUUGCAAAGCUUGGAUCAGUCCUGGAUUUACUGGGCCUGGGGCUGAAAUUCGGGAAUGGUAA